CCCUAAGCAAGGUCCCGGGACAUUCAUCCUACCCCACAUUAUGACUGGCAACUCGAACGGACGCCCGGCAAAUGUCCUAUUUGUCUGCCUGGGCAACAUCUGUCGUUCUCCGAUGGCAGAAGGUGUCUUCCGCAACUUCGCCGCAUCCCAUGCCUUAAUUGGAGAGAUCGACUCGGCCGGCACUGCCGCAUACCACAGCCUUGAGCCUCCCGACCCCCGUACCAUGUCCACUCUGCGUCGCCACAAGAUCGCCGAUUAUGACCAUGCCGCCCGCAAAGUGACCCGGGAGGACUUCCUCACCUUCGACUACCUCCUUGCCAUGGACAAGUCGAACUUGCGCGAGUUGUUGCAUGAGCGGGAGUCGGUCAUUGCGGCUUUGCAGCGCAAAUCUGCUUCCAAGUCGGGGGCCAAAGGCACACGAUCGCAUGUCGACGCUGCGAUUGGCGAAUAUGGGGAGGAUGCGAAGGUUGCGGUGGUGCGGAUGUUUGGUGAUUUCGGUAAAGCUGGAAAGCUGAAUGACCGCGUUGGUGGUGGUGAGGUCGUCCAAGACCCUUACUAUGGUGGUGCCAAUGGUUUCGAAGAGGUUUACCAGCAGGUCGUGCGAUUCUCUCAGAACUUCGUUGACUAUCUGGAGCAGAACCCUCUCAGCUCUGAGUAAAGGGUCUCCUCAAACCAGCAAGGCUUCACAGGCCAAGCACAUGUAUAGAGAAGACGGCGCUACUUUGUUGAUACCCUACUUCAUGAGCGAGCAGUUUUGAUAGAUACAUCAAGCAGAUAGUGAAUAUCAAAAUAGAAGAUAUGAUUG